AUGGUCCUCAAUGUGCUGAUUAGACCUCUUCAGGCGUGUCCUGUUCUCGCCGGAGAGUCCGGACGGCGCGGGCAAGGCAGGGCGCGCUUCCCGGCCCACGUCCGUCUGCGAGGGCCCGUGGCCAUGAGCGAGCUGGGCGCGCAGAAGGCCGCGGAGGGCACCGUCUCUCGCCUGCUCAACGUGGUGGAAAGUGAGCUCCAGGCGGGGAGGGAGAAAGGCGACCCCACGGAGAAGCAGCUCCAGGUCGUCCUGGAAGACGCCCCUCUCUGGCAGAGGUUCAAGGAAGUCACCAACGAGAUGAUCGUGACCAAGAAUGGCAGACGGAUGUUCCCUGUUCUAAAGAUCAGUGUCACGGGGCUGGACCCCAACGCCAUGUACUCCCUCCUGCUGGACUUCGUCCCCACCGACCGGCACCGCUGGAAGUACGUCAACGGGGAAUGGGUGCCCGCGGGCAAGCCAGAGGUCUCCCGGCAUAGCUGCGUCUACAUCCACCCCGACUCCCCCAACUUCGGGGCUCACUGGAUGAAAGCGCCCAUUUCCUUCAGCAAAGUCAAGCUCACCAACAAGCUCAAUGGAGGUGGGCAGAUAAUGCUGAGCUCCCUGCACAAGUACGAGCCCCAGGUCCACAUCGUGCGCGUGGGGGGCGCCCACCGGAUGGUCAUGAACUGCUCCUUCCCGGAGACCCAGUUCAUAGCGGUGACCGCCUAUCAGAACGAGGAGAUAACAGCUCUCAAAAUCAAGCACAACCCCUUUGCCAAAGCCUUCCUGGAUGCCAAGGAGAGAAACCACCUGAAAGAUGUCCCGGAAGUGGUCUCCGAGAGCCAGCACGUGGCCUAUUCCCACCUGGGAGGCUGGAUCUUUUCCAGUCCGGACGGAGUGUGCACGGCAGGAAACGCCAGCUACCAGUACGCGGCCCCUUUGCCUCUGCCUGCCCCCCACACCCACCACGGCUGUGAGCGCUACCCUGGCCUCCGGGGACACCGCCAGUCCCCCUACCCUCCCGCUUACGUGCAUAGAAACCAUUCGCCCUCAGUGAACUGGAUAGAAAGUUCCAGCAACAACCUGCAAGUGUUCUCCGGAGCUGACAGCUGCACCGCCAUAGCCUCCGCCCCCCACGCCAGCAUCCUGUCGGUGCCCCACACCAGCGGCCCCAUCAACCCAGGGCCCAGCCCCUACCCGUGCCUGUGGACCAUCGGCAACAGCGGCGGGGGCCCUGCCGGGCCGGGCCCCGAGGUGCAUGCCGGGUCCCCAGGAGCGUUUCUCCUGGGCAACCCCGCUGUGACUUCGCCCCUCUCCACCCAGGCACCCUCUUCGGCGGGCAUGGAGGUUCUGGGGGAGCCCUCGCUGACCAGCAUCGCCGUGUCCACCUGGACGGCGGUGGCCUCGCAUCCCUUCGCGGGCUGGGGUGGCUCGGGCGGGGGUGCGCGCCAUUCUCCCUCCGCGCUGGACACCAAGGUCAUCGCUGCAGCCUGUGCCCCAGCCAAGGUCAUCGCCGUAGCCAGUGCCCCAGCCAAGGUCAUCGCUGUAGCCAGUGCCCCAGCCAAGGUCAUCGCCGUAGCCAGUGCCCCAGCCAAGGUCAUCGCCGUAGCCAGUGCCCCAGCCAAGGUCAUCGCCGCAGCCUGUGCCCCAGCCAAGGUCAUCGCCGUAGCCAGUGCCCCAGCCAAGGUCAUCGCCGUAGCCAGUGCCCCAGCCAAGGUCAUCGCCGUAGCCAGUGCCCCAGCCAAGGUCAUCGCCGUAGCCAGUGCCCCAGCCAAGGUCAUCGCCGUAGCCAGUGCCCCAGCCAAGGUCAUCGCCGUAGCCAGUGCCCCAGCCAAGGUCAUCACUGUAGCCAGUGCCCCAGCCAAGGUCAUCGCUGUAGCCAGUGCCCCAGCCAAGGUCAUUGCUGCAGCCUGUUCCUCAGCCAAGGUCAUCGCUGCAGCCAGUGUCCCAGCCAAGGUCAUUGCUGCAGCCUGUUCCUCAGCCAAGGUCAUCGCUGCAGCCAGUGUCCCAGCCAAGGUCAUUGCUGUAGCCUGUUCCUCAGCCAAGGUCAUUGCCGUAGCCAGUGCCCCAGCCAAGGUCACUGCUACAGCCUGUUCCUCAGCCAAGGUCACUGCUACAGCCUGUGCCCCAGCCAAGGUCAUUGCUGCAGCCUGUUCCUCAGCCAAGGUCAUUUCCGUAGCCAGUGCCCCAGCCAAGGUCACUGCUACAGCCUGUUCCUCAGCCAAGGUCACUGCUACAGCCUGUGCCCCAGCCAAGGUCAUUGCUGCAGCCUGUUCCUCAGCCAAGGUCAUUGCCGUAGCCAGUGUCCCAGCCAAGGUCAUUGCUGUAGCCAGUGCCCCAGCCAAGCCUGGUGCUCACCGGGUGCUGCUGAUUCCCUGA